GUACGUCUGAAGUCAGAAUGAAGAAAUGUGAGAACAAAAUACAAGCAAGAGAGAGCUGAAAUUUCUGAAUCCAUAUCCCUCCCACCAAACAAAAAUUUCUCCCCCAAAAAACCGGUAUUUCUGACCAAGCCGCCCAUAUAAGCUUCAGUACUCCUUGCAGCGAGCAUACUGAACAGACAGAUCACCAUGGCUUCCAUCAAGCUUGCUCUCCCAAUGGCUCUCCUGCUGUGUGGACUCAUGGUGAUUGGAUCCAUACAGAGCGCCGAGGCACAAGGGGGGAAGUUUUGCCCCCAGUUCUGCUACGACGGCCUCGAGUACAUGACGUGCCCGUCGACGGGAAGCCAGCACCUGAAACCGGCGUGCAACUGCUGCAUCGCCGGCGAGAAAGGCUGCGUCCUCUACCUGAACAACGGGCAAGUGAUAAACUGCACUUGAAAGUCAGGAGCUGUUGUUUCUUCAGUUCUUGCAUGGUCACUUGCUGCUGAAUAAAUAUUCUCCCUGGAAGGCUGGAACUGUCUCUUCAGUUCUUGCAUGUUCAGAGAAGAUUUGUACUGCUGCAGAAUAAAUGUCUCCCUGGUGUGAUAUAUAAUACCAUUGGAAAAAAUAAAAUUCUCGUGGCUACCUCUGGUUUAUGAA